CGCCCGGCCGCGCCGCCAGCUGCCCGCGCCGCGCCCCCCGCGCCGCCCGCCAGCCCCGCCGCGACAUGGCCCGCGCCGCCCGCCGCAGGCCCGCGACCCCCGAGCGCGGCGCGGCCGGCCGCUGAGCGCGGCCCGGAGGCGGGAGGCCGGCGCGGCCUCGGAGCGAGCGCCCGCCGCGGCCCGGCCCCCUCCCCCGCGCGGCCCCGCGCCCCGGAGCGCCCCGCCGCCGCCGCCGCCCGGCCCGAGCAUGGAGACGGCGGAGAAGGAGUGCGGCGCCCUGGGCGGGCUCUUCCAGGCCAUUGUCAACGAUAUGAAGAGCUCCUACCCCAUCUGGGAGGACUUCAACUCCAAGGCCACGAAGCUGCAUUCCCAGCUGAGGACCACUGUGCUGGCUGCCGUGGCCUUCUUGGAUGCCUUCCAGAAAGUGGCUGACAUGGCUACCAACACCCGAGGGGCCACGCGGGACAUCGGCUCGGCGCUCACGCGCAUGUGCAUGCGCCACCGCAGCAUCGAGACCAAGCUGCGGCAGUUCACCAACGCGCUGCUGGAGAGCCUCAUCAAUCCGCUGCAGGAGCGCAUCGAGGACUGGAAGAAGUCGGCCAACCAGCUCGACAAGGACCACGCGAAAGAGUACAAGCGGGCCCGGCACGAGAUCAAGAAGAAGUCCUCGGACACGCUGAAGCUGCAGAAGAAGGCGCGCAAAGAGCUACUUGGGAAAGGAGACCUGCAGCCCCAGCUGGACAGCGCCCUGCAGGACGUCAACGACAUGUACCUGCUGCUGGAGGAGACGGAGAAGCAGGCGGUGCGCCGGGCGCUGAUCGAAGAGCGGGGCCGCUUCUGCACCUUCAUCACCUUCCUGCAGCCCGUGGUGAACGGAGAGCUGACCAUGCUGGGAGAGAUCACCCACCUGCAGGGUAUCAUCGACGACCUGGUUGUGCUGACCGCGGAGCCCCACAAGCUGCCACCUGCCAGCGAGCAGGUGAUCAAAGACCUGAAGGGCUCAGACUACAGCUGGUCCUACCAGACCCCACCCUCAUCACCCAGCAGCUCCAACUCCCGGAAGUCCAGCAUGUGCAGCGCCCCCAGCAGCAGUAGCAGUGCCAAGGGUGGCGGAGCCCCGUGGCCAGGGGGCGCCCAAACAUACUCACCCAGUUCCACUUGUCGCUACCGCAGCCUGGCACAGCCAGCCACCACCACCACCCGCCUCUCCAGCGUCUCCUCCCAUGACUCUGGCUUCGUUUCCCAGGACACCACCUACUCCAAGCCCCCCUCGCCCAUGCCUUCAGACAUCACCAGCCAGAAGUCCUCCAGCUCUGCGUCCUCGGAGGCCUCGGAAACCUGCCAGUCUGUUAGCGAGUGCAGCUCCCCGACCUCGGUCAGUGCCCCCGGCCCGGCCCCAGGACCGUCACCGCAGGGAGGGCCCAGGGACUGGUCCAAGGCUGGCCCCCACGAGCAGCCCUCGGCCGCCACCCUGCAGCGGAGGAAGGAUCGGGUGGAACUCCUCCGAGACGCAGAGCCAGGCCCCACCAGUGGGGGCACCGUGGGCCCCAGUGGGGAGGAGGUGCCACGACCCCGGAUGUCCCCUGCCACCAUCGCAGCCAAGCACGGUGAGGAGGUGUCCCCUGCAGCCAGUGACCUGGCCAUGGUGCUGACCCGCGGCCUGAGCCUCGAGCACCAGAAGAGCAGCCGGGACUCGCUGCAGUACUCGAGCGGCUACAGCACGCAGACCACCACACCCUCGUGCUCCGAGGACACCAUCCCAUCCCAGGGCUCCGACUACGACUGCUACUCCGUGAACGGGGACGCGGACGGCGAGGGCCCGGCCGAGUUCGACAAGUCGUCCACCAUCCCGCGCAACAGCAACAUCGCCCAGAACUACCGCCGCCUCAUCCAGACCAAGCGCCCCGCUUCCACCGCCGGGCUGCCCACCGCGGGGCUGCCCGCCACCGGCGGCCUGCCCUCGGGCGCGCCCCCCGGCGUGGCCACCAUCCGCCGCACGCCCUCCACCAAGCCCACCGUGCGCCGCGCCCUGUCCAGCGCCGGCCCCAUCCCCAUCCGGCCGCCCAUCGUCCCCGUGAAGACGCCCACGGUGCCCGACUCGCCCGGCUACGUGGGGCCCGCCCGGGCGGGCAGCGAGGAGUGCGUCUUCUACACCGACGAGGCCGCCUCGCCCCUGGCAGGAGACCUCGCCAAGGCCUCGCCGAAGAGGCUCAGCCUGCCCAACACGGCCUGGGGCAGCCCGUCCCCAGAGGCAGCCGGCUACCCCGGGGCGGGGGCCGGGCUGGCCACCGAGGACGAGGAGCAGCAGCAGCUGGCCGCCAACCGGCACAGCCUGGUGGAGAAGCUUGGCGAGCUGGUGGCGGGCGCCCAUGCCCUGGGCGAGGGCCAGUUCCCCUUCCCCACCACCCUGUCGGCCACCCCCGCGGAGGAGACGCCCACCCCGCCUCCUGCUGCCACCAGCGACCCGCCUGCCGAAGACAUGCUGGUGGCCAUCCGGCGUGGGGUCCGGCUCCGCAGGACCGUCACCAACGACAGGUCAGCACCCCGCAUCUUAUGAUGGCACGGCCUUCCCCACCCUCUCUGGCCCUGGUGCAAGCAGGUGGCCUGGGAGCGGUAGCUGCUGAGAGCAAAGGCACAGCCCGGAGAGUGCGGGGCCGGGCAAGAGGCAGAGCCACUUUUUGGAAAGAGACACCCGGCUUGGAUUCCAGCGUUUAAGUGGGAGGCGACUUUAACAGACCUUGCCAGGACACAGCCUCCGGGCCUUGAACUGGGAUGGAGCCCGUUUUGUACGUUUCUGUCCCCUUCCUCCGUGCAGGCCCUGUCUCUUCCACACCCCAGGUGAGCACAGAGCCAUGGCCCCUGCCCAGGGGAGAGGGGCCAUCCUGGCCCCACCUGGCCUGGGACCCGAGGCCUGUCCCUGGCUCCUGCUGGAAUGCCAGCUCUCCCCCCACCCCAGCACCCUCCUUCCUCUUGCCUUCCCUCUGCCUGUCCCAGGCCACUGUGCGUCUGGGAGACAGGGCGGCUGUGGAGCGGCUGGGCCUGGGGUGCAGGGGGAGGUUCGGCUGCCAGGCCUGCCGUCGGGGGGGUGGAGCCCAGGUCGCGUCUCAGGGAGGACAUGCAGGGGGCUUGCUGGGAGGUGCUGGGGGCCCUAAGGUGGCUCCCACCCUGGCCUCCCCUCCCCAUGAGUUUGGCUGCAGGGGGUGGUAGGCAGGGAAGGCCCCUCGGCAAGUGGGGCAGCAGGGUAGGGCCCUGAGGCCGGGUCAUCUGGUCAGCCUUGCAGGGGUUGGCUUCCGAUGCCUGGUUCUCAUCUGGGCCCAUCGAUACUUAGUGGCACUUUGGAGUCACAGUUUUAGCCACUUUGGGGGAUGGGGGCUGGAGCCGUAGAGAGGGUGGGGGGUUAUUUUAUGACUAUAGUAAAAUGGAGCUGUCUCUAAGGACUGUGUGUGGGCAAGGUGGCGAUACAGGGUGUGUGUCCGGGAAGGCCUGCAGGACGGGGCCCCCACAGUGGCCUGGCAGGUCCACGGCAGCAGCAGGGUGGAAUCGGCUCCCCCAAAGCCAGGGGGAAGCUGCAGUUCUUUGCAGUGGCUUGAGCGUAGCCAGAGUGAGGCUGGAGGGGGCCCCGCCUGUCGGCUGGGGUGGCCGCGUGUCCGGGAAGCGUGGCUUUGACUCUGUUGCCAGAGGAGAUGCCUUCCCGGGACGCCUCGGCCCGUGCUGGCCGUGGGGGUGAGGAGGGGGUGCCCCCAACCCCACACACCAAGUCUCAGCAGGUAAAAGCAUGUGACCUAGGGCGAGUGGAAGGGGUCCUGGUGGUCCCGCGGGGCAGGAAAGUGGCUGUCCUGGGUCCUGACGGAGUGGGGCCAGGGCUGAUGCUCCCCGGCUGGAGCUCCUGGGUGUUCCUGUGCCAGGAACUGGGGUCGCUGUGGGGUCACAGGUGCAUCUGGGGCACCAGGGAGGCCCGGUGUGCACAGAGCCAUCCGGCAGUGCAGAUGGAGGACGGGCCCUGCACGGCGCUAGUCCGAGCUCAGGCUGAUGGCAGAGCCCCAGGUUUGGGGGCCACAGAGCAGGUGACCAGGUAGGGGAGCCCUGGGGUGGCAUUUCCGCUGCAGGUUCUCCCAGGGGCUGCGCCGGUGGGGGCUGGGCAGAUGGAGCAGGACGUGUGGAGAGAGCAGUGAGGUGCAGCACGUACAGGGUGGCUGCGUCCCCGAGGCCGGGGGAGAAGAGCUCUCCUACCUGGGGGGUGGCUCCACGGCGGUGGGGGGGGAGCAGCUGGGCUUGAGAUUCUGAUGGGAGAGGGGCAGGGGUGACAGUCCCACCGCCCCUGCCCCUGGGGCUGUACAUACUCCCCCCUCUCCAAGCCCCGCUGGCCCCAUGACACCCCCACCCCAGGUAGCUUCAGUGACCACCUCCCAGGCCUGGCCCCCUUGGGAUCUGAGCCACCCAUCCUGCAUCACAAACUUUGGUUUGGGGAACAUCGUUGCGUUCGCUUUAUUUUUCAUUUUGUACAGAGGAAUAUUCUUUUCAAAAGCGUCUUUUGACUGAAGUAACUUUUCUGGUGCUGUUGUUAACUUGUUCCUUUUUUUAAUUUAUUUCCCUGGCGCCCUCCGGCUUCCUACUCACCUUCUCUCCUCGCCCCCGCCCCCUCCGUCCCAUCUGCACCAUGUUGUUUCUUUUCUUUCUGUCGGUUUUUGGAUAAAUUCUCUUCUCCUCCCCACCCCCCUCUACUCCAUCCUCCCCUUGAUUUAAAUAGUCACUGCUACAAGUAACAAAUGCACUGUGAAGAUUCCAGUAUUAAUAAAGUGGUACUGUAAUUAA